UCCCUCCCGUCAUUCCCUCGCUGGCGUUCCCUCCAACCAGUCGUGGAAGCGGAGGCAGGAGCUGCUCUGGCUGAACAUAUCUGAACACGGUGCAGGGACCUGACUCUGUUAGUCCACCAUGUGUCCAGUAGGCUGACAGGAGUUGGACGCUGGACAGGUUUCUUCAGUAGUUUGAGUUGUUUCUGUUCUGCGAAUGAAGAAGUGAACUUCUGGUGAACACAAUCAUGGCUGUCCAGACUGGCAUCCAGGUUUGGUUCAGCGAGAAGUUCAACGCCCCCCUGCUGAGUCCCAGGUGCCCCCGCAGCCCGUUGGCUCAGCGCCACGGCCCCGGCCUCUCCAACGUCUUCCAGUAUGACCAGUGGCUGGCGGUCCGCCACGAGGCCACGCUGGUCCCCAUGCAGGAGGACCUGGCCAUCUGGCUCAGCGGCAUGUUGGGCGAGGAGGUGAGAGCCGAGCUGUUCAUGGAGGAGCUGGAUAACGGCGUGAAGCUCUGCCAGCUGAUCGGCGCCCUGCAGACCAAGGUCGCCCAGACCUGCCCCACAGCGCUACCUAAGCUCUUCCCUACCAGGAAGGUGGCCUGUAAGCGCGACGCCUCCCCGGGUUCCUUCUUUGCCCGGGACAACACAGCCAACUUCCUGGCCUGGUGCCGGCACGUCGGCGUGGACGACACCUACCUGUUUGAGUCGGAGGGCCUCGUUCUGCACAAGGAUCCUCGGCAGGUGUGUCUGUGUCUGCUGGAGGUCGGCCGGAUCGUCUCCAGAUACGGGGUGGAGCCGCCCGUGUUGGUGAAGCUGGAGAAGGAGAUUGAGCUGGAGGAGACGCUGCUGAUGACGGAGGAACCUCCCGCCGCAGUGAAAACCUUCAGCGUGUGCUGCCAGCACGGGGCGCUCUACCAGCCAGAGGAGCUCGGCAUGGAUGACCCACCCUGUAACUGCUCCAACAAGGUGUCCAUAGAGUACCUGUCAGAGGGACGCUACAGACUGGGCGACAAGACCAUCUUCAUCAGAAUGCUGCACGGCAAACACGUGAUGGUGCGAGUCGGUGGGGGCUGGGACACCCUGAGGGGCUUCCUGACAAAGUAUGACCCUCUGCGGGUGCUGCAGUUCACCACACUGGAGCAGAAGAUCCUGGCCUUCCAGAAGGGCCCACCUGGUUUGGGGGGUCACCGUGCCAACAACGCUCCACCCAAUCCCCCUCGUAUGGACCCUCUUGCUGCAGUUAAUGGCCUCAUCUCCUCCUCCUCUUCGUCCUGCUCUUCAUCAGCAUCUCCACCCCCUGUAGGACAGAGCUGCCGGUCAUACACUCCCUCCCCUGCCUGCACACCCAUCCUGGCAAGGAAAGGUUCUGCUGUGGUACCGAAGAAGAACCUCCAGACAGUGCUGUCCUCUCCCAGGAAGCCCACCCAGCUCCCCCUGCCUGUCCCUACCAAAGGCUCCUCUUCUCUGCCCUCCUCACCUCUGAGCAGCUCCUACAGGCAGGCCCCCAGCCCGGGCAGUCACCGCAGAGCCCUGACUCCAUCAGCUUCCCCUGUGGAACCAAAAUCUGCCUCUAAGCUAAAGCCCCGGCCACAUGGUCCUACCGCCCACCCCAGGAGCCCGGUCUGCCCCGAGCCUUCCUCCAAAUGCCCCAAACCUUCCAGCCCAUGUACCUCCCCCACUGCUGUGCACAUGUCCCGCCCCACCACCGUAUCUGCCCCCAAAGACGUUAAGCCUUCCUCGAGCGCCAGCCAGCGCUCCCGCCUUGCACAGAGGCGCCCUGGCUCUCCAGCGUCACGCCUCCGUCUGGAGACGAUCAGGAAGGCGAGGGUGGCCACAAGGACUGUGCCGGUACGAAAAACGGUACCCCAGCAGUCCCCGACCCCCUGCUCCCAGGCUGGCUCCUCCCGUGCCCCGACCCCCUGCUCACAGGCUGGCUCCUCCCCGGCCCCGACCCCCUGCUCCCAGGCUGGCUCCUCCCGGGCCCCGACCCCUUGCUCCAAAGCUGUGCCCCCAGCAACAGUAACUUCUAUCUGCUCCAUGUCAAAGGUUAAAAUCAAGGUGGCCUCUGCCAUCCCUGGGCCGGUCCCAGGUAUUGCCUCCUCUUCCUCUAAAGGUAAUCAGAAGCCCCCCCCCACAGCACAGAGGACUGUGAAAAAACCAGCAGCUCUGGGGAACCCCAGCACAAAGACGACCCUGAAACCUGAAGCAACGACGACUCAAACCACAACCUCUCAGAGAAACCCAGUGAAAGCUGCAGAGAAGAUCCCACAGAGCAAGGCCAGGAGUGACAAGCCGUACUUUGAAUUGACCACUAGGAGGAAGCAGAGAGCCUGAAAUGGCGCCAUCUAAAGGCUUCAUGAAACCAGCAGCACUUGUUGGAGCUCAGACUUUACAUUGAUAUCUCUAAUCUGAUCAUGUUUGUAAUUUUGUUUUGAUUAUUCUUUUUAAUGUUUAUUUAAUAGUCUUUAAUUUUUUUUAUCUGUGGUCUCUUUAGAGAUCGGAUUUACAUUAAUAAACUCAAACUUGCACAAUGUUUACAUUUAAAUCAUAAAUGGGUUUUAGAGGGAAAUUGUGUUCAACAUACUACAUUAAACUUUUUAGACCCAACUCAUGAAUAUAGUUGGCUUAAGACAAGUUGUACAUAAACUUCUGUCUUUCCUUAGCAGGUUACCAAAGUUGAAAAAAUGACUAGAAAUUAUGCUUGAAUUUUAUUUUUUUCUUGAGAUUCCAUUUUCAGCUUGUGAAAACGACUGGAUGUCAGGCCACCUAAAGUAAUCGAUGCUUCAGUUUCUCCACAUUCUGUCUCAACCUAAUUGCAAAAUUAACCAUUUUUCAUAUUUGGCUUCAACUCUAACUUGUCUGUUUGCCCAGUUGCUGUUACAGGAAAAACCUCCCCACAGCAUGAACCUGCCACCACUGUGCUUCACAAUAUGGGGUAAUAUCAACCAGAUGGUGCCUUUUUCUUUACUCUGGAUCAAGGCUGCAACAUAAUGUGGAAAGUUGGCUGUGAAUACUUUCUGGAUGUUCUGAACACCAGAUCCUCUUACUGCAGACCCCUUCUUGCCUUGUGCCUUUCAACAGAAAUCCUCCAUUCCUUCUCUUACCCACAAUUGAGUGGCUGCAGAAUGUAUCAGAGGCCAGAAGGUGGCGCAUCGAGCAGUUGACACACUUUGGACGGUGUGUGACUUGCUUUUUGAAAGAAACUACUGAUGAGAUGCCUUUUUUUCUUUCUCCUGAAUCAAAAACACUGAGCAAACAUUUAGAGCAGAAUCUACUUUGUAAAACGUUUUUUGUCAUUUAAUUUCUUUUUGUGGUCUAAAAUUCUAGUUUUUUAUGGUGUUUUAUCAAAAUUUAUUUCUUGGCACUUUAUAUAAACUUAUGUUGAAUGUCUGUUUUUGUCUGAUUAAUAAAUGGAUGUUGGUUUAA